AUGAACACGAGCACCAUGCCGGGCGCGUUCCUCGUGUCUGCCGCUGGAGGCCGCCCCUACGGCGGUGCGGACAUGUACUUCCAGUUCGUGUCUGCCGCUGGAGGCCGCCAUUACGGCGGUGCGGCUCUUGCAGAUCUCACCGCUGGGGGCCGCCCUUACGGCGGUGCGGACAUGGGCAACAGCACCUUGGAGGGCGGUUUCCUCGUGUCUGCCGCUGGAGGCCGCCCUUACGGCGGUGCGGACAUGGACACGGGCACCAUGCCGGGCGCUUUCCUCGUGUCUGCCGCUGGAGGCUGCCCUUACGGCGGUGCGGCGUUUGCUUCUCUCACCGCUGGAGGCCGCUCUUACGGCGGUGCGGACAUGGACAAGUGCACCAUGCCUGGCGUCUUCUUCGUGUCUGCCGCUGGAGGCCGCCCUUACGGCGGUGCGGGCAUGGACAAGAGCACCCUGCCUGGCGUCUUCCUCGUGUCUGCCGCUGGAGGCCGCUCUUACGGCGGUGCGGCUCUUGCAUUUCUCGCCGCUGAAGGCCGCCCCUACGGCGGUGCGGCCACGCUCGCCUUCAACUUCAUAGGCUCCGCAGGUUACCAGGGCGUUUGUGCUGGUUCAACUUCCUGGGUUUCGUCGGCGAAUUCGUGGUCCACCUUUUCUAUUUUCAAUUUGGGUGCAGCAAUUUCGUAUAGAAGGAAUGAACAGAUUGGCUGGUAUUCUUGGCUGCGGUGCCGUUUGCGAGG